UUACACAAGGGAGGGAGGGGCGUGCCUGACUGGGAUUGGUGCAGAGUGGGGAGGGACGGGCCGCUUGGUCCCUCCUUGGCCUCUCUGGGAGUCUGCAUAAAGUCGCAGCUUGUCCAGAGACCCAGCUCAACCCUGCUGAAGCCAGUCUGAGAAGACCAGCACCAGCCACAGCACCAGCACUAUGCCUAUGAUACUGGGAUACUGGAAUGUCCGCGGUCUGAUUCACCCCAUCCGCAUGCUCCUGGAGUACACAGACUCAAGCUAUGAGGAGAAGAGAUACACCAUGGGGGACGCUCCUGACUUUGACAGAAGCCAGUGGCUGAAUGAGAAGUUCAAGUUGGGCCUGGACUUUCCCAAUCUGCCCUACUUAAUUGAUGGGUCACACAAGAUCACCCAGAGCAAUGCCAUCCUGCGCUACCUUGCCCGCAAGAACAACCUGUGUGGAGAGACAGAGGAGGAGAGGAUUCGUGCCGACAUCGUGGAGAACCAGGUUAUGGACAACCGCAUGCAGCUCAUCAUGCUCUGUUACAACCCAGACUUUGAGAAGCAGAAACCAGAGUUCUUGAAGACCAUCCCCGAGAAGAUGAAGCUCUACUCUGAGUUCCUGGGCAAGCGGCCAUGGUUUGCAGGGGACAAGAUCACCUAUGUGGAUUUCCUUGCUUACGAUAUCCUUGACCAGCACCGUAUAUUUGAGCCCAAGUGCUUGGAUGCCUUCCCAAACCUGAAGGACUUCUUGGCUCGCUUUGAGGGCCUGAAGAAGAUCUCUGCCUACAUGAAGACCAGCCGCUUCAUCUCAACACCUAUAUUUUCAAAGAUGGCCCACUGGAGUAACAAGUAGGCCCCUGCUACACUGGCUUUCCUAAGGAGUGCCAGUCCACACUGGAGAUCCUCCAGGCCCUGAGGACAGCCGGCCUUCUGCCCUGCAGCCUCCCUGAUCUCACUUCCUUCUCCUUCCCACCGCCUUCUCCAGCUUUUCAGUCUCCUCAGCUCAAACCCUGGUCAAGCCCAUGCAGUCUUCAUCUCCCCACUUCCUUUCAUCAAGACCCCUUCCUCAUUUGUGCCCCAACCCAACCACACAGUCCUCUUCCAUGACCUGAUGUCUGCCCUGAACUCUGCUCCCUAGGAUUACCCUAAAGGUCAAUACUGUCUCAAGUUCCCCAGUGGGGGGGCUGCCCCAGGCCUUCUCAUCGCCAAUAAAGCCUGAAACACACUA